GUGGGCGCGGCCUCCCCCCACGGGCUUCCCAGGAGUGACCUUCACAGCCGCGGGGAGGGCGCGGUCGCUGGUGGGCGAAGCUGCUUGACCAGGCGGAGGACUGGCGGGGCUGCGGUGCCUCCUGGCGGCCGAGUUCCGAGGGCCCCAUCCUCCCGGUGGACUCGAAUUCCCGAGGCACCUGCUGGCUCCGCAUGGCUCACUGCAUGGUGCCCUUUGCAGUGUGAACACCAGCUGGCCCUGUGGCACCCCCCCUGACGGGCCCACAGGACCCAGGCCACUGGAGCCAAGUGUCUCAUGGAGCCUCGGGGCAAGACACCUGGAGAGGGCGACGCGGGGCGUGUCACAGCGCAGCUGCUGAAGUCCUGCACUGGUGAGUUCGCCCUGGACUCCAUCCUGCUGCUGAAUCUUCGGGGCCUGGGCCUCGUGGACCUGGGCUGCCUGGGCGAGUGUCUGGGCCUGGAAUGGCUGGACCUAUCCUGCAACGCGCUCACCCACCUGGGCCCACUGGCAGCCCUGCAUCAGCUGACUGUACUCAACGUCUCGCAAAACCGGCUGACCACGCUGGAGCCGCUGGCUGCCUGUGAGAACCUGCAGAGCCUCAACACAGCCGGGAAUCUGCUGGCAGACCCUGGGCAGCUGCAGUGUCUGGCGGGGCUGCGGAGCCUCGAGAGCCUGCGGCUCCAGGACCCCCUGGCACGCCUCAGCAACCCCCUGUGCGCCAACCCCUCCUAUCGGGCUGGGGUCCACGAGCUGCUGCCUGGUCUGAAGGUCAUUGACGGGGAGAGAGUGACUGGCCGUGGCAGUGAGCUCUACCAGCUGUGCCGAGACCUGGACAACUCCCUAAGGUCAGGCCCCAGCCCCCGGGUCUCAGAGGCCCAGCCGUGGGUGGAGCCCAGCUACUGGGAGGCCUGGCCAGGGCGUAGCAGCUCCAUCCUGGAGGAGGCCUGCCGGCAGUUCCAGGCCACACUGCAGGAAUGCCGGGACCUGGAUCGCCAGGCGGGGGAGAGCCUGGCUCAGGCAGAGCAGGCCCUGAGUCCAGCGAGAGCGCAGUCCUCCUUCAUGUUCUGAGUGCGGAGGCUCCUGGCCUCUGACUUCUCACCUGGUUCCCCUUCUCCACGCCCACCAUGUGGUCUCCAGGGUUCCCACAGUGGCCACCCGAGACUCCUGGUAGGCAAGGCGUGGCAGGCAUGCCUCUGGCCCUAGCCAUUCCUGCAGGGUGGGCCGCCCUGCCCUGCUGUGGCUGCCUGCCUGCCUGCCCACCCUCUUGUGCCCUGAAAUCCUAGCCCACCCACCCCAUUAAAUCCUCAUUUCUGCUCUCA